AUGGAUGAGGAGCAGAUCUUGCUAUCGUGCAAGACACCGCAAAUUCACACCCGAACGAUCCUAUCGUACCUCUUGCUCCUAAAGAGCGUUUUACCAGGAAUAUUGCCGUCUUAUCAGCCAACCCGGAAGCACUCCAAGAACAUCUUGUCAAAGAGCACAAUGAUCGAUUCCAAUCCUUCACAAGUACCGCCAGAGUCCCUACCCGGGGCAUGGACAGCCACAUCGUUGGAUACAGCAAGAUCUGCAGACGAUGGCAGCUGCAAGCAAUUACCAACAGAGUCCAAGACAUCCGUCGAUUCGGCACUCUCCAAUAACCAUCCGGAAUCUACAAAAAGAAAUUCCACAUGCUCCCAACGACUCGCGUUCGUCGCCCUCAGUCUGUCCAUGUCACUGGCAGCACUCGACACGGUACUCAUACCGACAGCUUUGCCCAGGAUAUCUCAGGACUUCCACAUUGCCGACUCCCUAUAUGCCUGGGUCGGAUCCUCCUACCUCCUCGCGAAUGCUUCCUCAGUUCCGUUCUGGGGCAAAUUGUCGGACAUAUUCGGUCGCAAAUCUGUGAUCUUGGUAGCGAACUCGAUCUUCCUGGCUGGUAGCAUCAUCUGUGCCGUCGCCGCAAAUGCUGCCAUGCUCGUUGCUGGACGCACUAUACAAGGCAUUGGUGGAGGUGGUGUGAUUGUGUUGGUUCACGUAUGUGUCAGUGAUCUGUUCACUAUCCGCAAUCGAUCGUUAUACAUGGGUAUCCUGGGUGGUAUAUGGGCCGUAGCUUCGGCUUUGGGACCUGUCCUAGGAGGCAUAUUUGCGGACAAGCUCUCUUGGAGGUACUGCUUCUACAUCAACAUUCCGAUCAUCUCGUUCGCCAUGAUCAUACUUUACUUUACACUCAAUCUAUCCCUCCAAAAAGCAGCCUUGUUCGAGGGUCUAGCUUCCAUGGAUUGGCUAGGCACUUUCACCAUACUGGCUGCAACGGUCCUAUUCCUCGUCGGUCUGCAGAUAGGUGGCACCCAAUCUUACGGAAGCCCACUCGUCAUCGUGCUCAUUCUCUUCGGUUGUUUGGCAUAUGUCGGUUUCCCGUUCACGCAAUGGUGGGCGAGCAAACGAGCUGGCCAUCCCAUUAUGCCUCUACGAAUUUUCAACGAUACGAGUAACCUCAGCGCCCUUGCAGUCUGCGCAUGUGAUGCUUUGGUUUUCAACUCGAUUGCUUACUUCCUCCCCCUAUACUUCCAGAUUGUUCUUGGCAAGAGUCCGACCAUGGCUGGUGUCUACAUGCUUGCGAUUGCGAUCCCACUGGCAACAUUCUCGAUUACCUCUGGUUACAUAAUCGAGAGCACGGGUCGUUUUCUUGAGGUUUUGCAAGUAGGACUUGGUUUAAUGACGCUAGGAAUUGGCCUGCUGAUCUCCUUUGGACCCUCUCCGACUCGUGCAAAGAUUAUUGGCGUUCUCUUCGUCAUCGGAAUGGGAUUUGGUCCUAACUUUGGCGCUCCUCUCAUUGCGCUCCAGACGCGUAUCGAUGAGUCCGAUAUCGCGACAGGUACUGCGGCUUUUGGUUUUGUGCGCAUGGUCUUUGGCGCAAUCGGCCUUGUCGUCGGCCAAGUGGUAUUCCAAUCGCUCGUGCGACCAGCUACCCAAAGUCUAAUUGCUUCAGGCAUCUCAGGAGAGUUAGCACAUGCGCUCGUGAGUGGUGAUGCCAUCUCUCAGACCAGUAUUAUUGCACAGUUACCACAAACUCAGCGAGCGAUCACUAGGGGCAGCCUGACACAUGCAUUUCGAGGGACCUGGACCUUCUUCACUGUCGUGGCUGCUUUGGGUGUGCUGGUCUCGUUUGGUAUUUCGCGAAAAAGAUUACGAAAGGAGUCGACAAACACAAUCGAGAGAUGGAUGUCAGCGGAUGAAAAUUGA